AUGACCGCGGAAGGCGACGCGAGCCCGCCCCCCGCGGCACCGGGCUCGCCCGCGGGCGCUCCCGCGGCCCCGCCCGCCGGCGCGCCCGGCCCGGAGCCCGCGGAGGAGAAGCCCGACGCCCCGCCCGCGCCGGCGCCGAAGAGCUCCCCGCCGCGGGACGCCAAGAAGGACGACGCGCGCGGCGCGAGGCGGGACAAGGAGCCACGGGCGUCCUCGCCCGGGCCGAAGCGGGGCGGAGAGGGCCCCGCGAGGGAGCCCGGCGGCGCGCACGCGAAGAAGAAGGACGCAGGCGCGGUCGCGGGGGAGACGGAGGAGGAGCGGCGCCGGCGGGAGCACGAGGACGAGGAGUUUGCGCGCCGGCUGCAGCAGCAGCUGGACGCCGAGGCGCCGCCCGUGCGCACGCGCCGGCAGCGUGGGCCGACGGACACGCCGGCGGGGGGCGCGACGGAGCCGAGCAGCCCCGUCGCGGCGCCGCCGAAGGCGUCGGAGCGCCCCGCGCCGGGCGCCGGCGACGGACGCCGGGGAGGGCGCGGGGAAGGCCGGCGCGACGCGCGGGCGGAAGAAGCAGGCGGCGGCGAGCGCGGCCGCGGGCGCCCCGGCGGCCGUGAAGCCGGAGCCCGCGGAGACGCCCGCGCCGGUCGCGCCCACGCCGCAGACGCAGCGGGGGGCGCCGCGGCCCGCGCGGAAGGCGGCGGAGGCGGCCGCGGCGGCGGCGGCCGCGGCGGUGACGUCCGGGAAGGCCGCGGGGCCGAAGCGGGGCCGCGGGCGGCGGCGGCGGCGGGCGAGCCGGCGACGACCGACGCGUCGGCCAAGCCCACGCCCGCGCCGUCGCCGCCCGAGGGCGCCGCCGCGGAGCACGACGAGGCGCAGGCGGACCGCAUCAAGCCCGGGCACCCGCUGUACGUGCGCGCGCUACCCAUGGUCCUCAAGGACGGGGCGUGGUACCGCGCCAAGGUCCUCGACCACACCCGCGAGAGGGUGUUCGUCGAGUACUGCGGGCUCGAGGACAGGUACGCGUGCGAGUGGGUCGGCCGGUCGUCGGACCGCAUCUGGCGCGGCUCGUACAAGGGGCGCGAGUGGCGGUACCUGGGCGACGGCGGAUGGGAGCCGCGGGGCGGGACGGGCAACCCGUCGCCCGGCGGGGACCACCAGGCGCCGAGCGGCGAGAAGCGGGGCGCCAAGCAGCAGCAGCAGCAGCAGCAGCAGCAGCAGCAGCAGCAGCAGCAGGCGGACGGGAGCCACGGGGGGCACUUGGAGGACGGUGGCGAGGAGGACGCGUCGGACGCGGGGCCUGCGGGGGCGGGGGCGGGCGGCGAGCGGAGCCCGCAGCAGGAGGCCGACGGCGGCGGUGCGGCGGGGAGCAGCGGGCGCGAGGCGGGCGCGCGGGGCCGCGGGGCAGCGCAGCGCGGCGCGGGCGGUCCGGGCCGCUCUGGAGGCGCAGGCGGCCGCGGACGGCGAGGGGGAGGCGGCGGCGCAGCGGAACGAUGCCGAGGAGUCUCCCGCGGCGCCCGAGGCGGCGCCGGAGGCGGCGCCGGAGGAGCCGCCGGCGGCCACGGCGGGCGCGAAGCGCUCCCGGAACGGCGCGCCGAAGAAGGCUCCGCGGCGCCGGCGGACGCAGACGGAGGGCGGCGCGGAGCCGGCCGCGGAAGCUGGCGGUGCGGCGGAGCCCGGGCCGGACCCGGCGGUGGCCGGGCACGACGUGAGCGUGCUGGCGGAGGAGCUGGGUGUGGUGGGGAAGGAGGAGGGGGAGGGGCCUGCGGCGACGGAGGGGGCGAGCGUGGCGCCGGCGCCGGCUGCUGGGCGCGGGCGCGGGCGCGGGCGCGGGAAGGCGGUGGCGGCGCGGAAGAAGGCGCGGAAGGUGUCGCCGAGCAAGACGGAGGGCGCGAGCGGCGCGGGGGAGGGGGCGGGCGAGGGGCCGCGGGUGACGGCGGGCGGGGACGACUCCGGGCCGGCGUCGGACUCGGAGCAGCGUCCGAAGACCGGCGGGAAGCGGCGGCAGGCGGGGCCCGGGUCGACGGGCGCGGGGGGCAGUGGGCUGCUCUCGGGGGGGGUGUUCGCCGCGGCGGCGCGGCUGAGCGACGGCGGCGGGGCGGUGACGCCCGGCACGCAGUCGGGCCACAUGCGCGCGCGGCGCGUCACGCGGGGAGAGCUGCGCACGGCCGAGAAGGAGCAGAACAAUGCUAUUGCUGCCGACAUGGAGGCCAUUCUCGCGGCGGACGCGGCGGCGACGGCGGCGGCGGCGGCGAAGCAGCAGAUGGCCGAGCAGGCGGCCGCGAAGGGCCGGGGCGGGAAGGGCGGGAAGGGCCGCGGGGGCGCUGUGGCGGCGGAGCGGGCGACGGGCGCGGCGCGGCGGGGCGCGGGCGGGGCGCCGGGAAGAAGGGUGCGCGGGACCCGGCGUCGAUGAGCGUGGCGGAGCGCGCCGGGGCGCGCCGGGCGAUGCACGACGAGGGCGUGGGGUUCGCGGAGGCGGCGGGGGCGGGCGCCGUCGUCGUCGGCGGUGGCGGGGCGCGCCUGGGGCGUGGCGGGCGGCGCGGGGCCGGGCGUGACGCGGAGGGACUCGCGGUGGAGGACGCGGCGGCGGCGCUGGGGAACCUCGCGGCGGCGUGCGCGGAGAUGGGCGAGGACAGCGAGGGCGAGGGCGCGGACGUCGACGUCGACGCCCCCGGGCGCGGCGGGCGCGGCGGGCGCGCGCGCCGGUCGCGGCCCGAGACCGGCAGCGCGCGGCCGUCCGGGGAGACCGAGAACAACACGGAGCCGAUGGUUCCCGUGCAGGAGGAGCUCCACAGCGCCCUGCUGCGCGGCCUCGAGACGGCCGAGGGGGUCUCCCUCGCGGCGCCGCAGUCCGACCGCCUCUCCACGCCGCUCGCGCAGCACGUCAUGGCGACGAUGCUCGCCGUGUCGCUGCCGUCGGACGCGGCCAAGGGGUUUUAUUCGUCGCAGCAGCACGUGGACUUGAUCGAGGCACGGCCCGAGGUGUUCGAGCUGCAGGAGGGCACCGCGGCGGCGCAGGGGGCCGGCGGGGGCGCGCUCACGCUCGGGCCGCUCACGCAGGGCGCGUGGGCGAUGGGCCUGCUCUCCGUGCCCGCGCCCCCCGCGCCGCCGGCGGGCGUGCCGCUGUUCCGCUGA